GAGGGCCGGGGCUCCGCCGGCCUCGCGCCUGGCGCUCCGCGGGGCGGCCGGCGGGAGGGCAUGCUGGCGCGGGCGGGGGCCGUUCCCCCGGCCGUGGCCUCAGACCCGCACCCGAGGGUGGCGUGGAGGGGGCUUGUGUCUCAGAACAGGAGCCCUUGGUGUUUUUUCUGGCUCCUAGUGUCGCGCCCGCGAAGGGCGAGGCGGCCGUGGUCGAGGCCGCGGCGGAUUCGGAGGAGGUGCGGGCGCUGGUUGUGCAGGGUGUGCCCCACGGGCGGCGCGGCGGGGGCCAAGAUCGUGCCCGCGGAGGACGCGUUGGCGCUGGAGGAGAAGGUCAUGGCGGAGUGCGGGGUGGCCGCGGGGGCCGUGGAGGAAGCCACAGAGCCGCUGGAGCGCGGGGAGGUGCCUGCGGCGGCGCGGCCGCCGUGCCGCCUCCGCAAGCAGAGGCGCGCUUCGGUGAGUAAGCGGGGGGGCCUCGUCAGAGGGAAGUGCGCCGCGGAGGGCGGCCGCGCCGUGCUGGACACGCUCGCGUCCCAGCAAGUCUGCCAGCUCCUCGAAGGCCUCUCCGCAGAGGAGGCCCCGUCAGAACUGCGGCUGCGGCGGGGGCAGGGCGGGGAGGCGAAGGAACAGGGCGACGACGAGGACGCGCCCGGGGUCCCGAGGCGAG